AUGAUAAAUAAAGGUAAUUUGAAUUUUGAAAAGAUAAGUGUACUGGAAAGAGUUAAGUAUUUCGAGAAGAUAAAGGAAGAGAAUUUAAGUACCGAUGUUAAUGAUUUAAAUACAGUAAAAGAAAAGUUUAUAAGAUUGAAUACUAAAAAUAAUAAUAGAAUUAGUGAAGAAUUAAAAAAUGAAGAAAAUGUAAUUAAAAUUUAUAAUUUAGAAAAAGAUAUUAUUAAAGAUAUAAAUGAAGAAGAAAUUAAUAAAAAUAUUAAUAAAGAAAUAAAUAAAGAAGAAAUUAAUAAAAAUAUUAAUAAAGAAAUAAAUGAAAAUUUUAAUAAAGAAGAAAUGAUAAAUAAAGAAGAAAUAAAUGAUUUAAAAUCUAAUUAUAAAAAACUUGUUAAAAAAAUAGAGAAAGUUAUUGAAGAACAUAAUCAAGUAAAAAAUGAUUUAAAUGAAAUAAAAUCACAAUAUAAAAUACUAAAAGAAUCAUUUAUAGAAACAAAUAAUCAAGAAAGAAGUAAAAAAGUAACAUUUGAUAAAACAGUUACAGAAUUAAUAGUUCCUUCUAAUCAAUUAGAAAAUGAAAAUUUAAAUGAAUAA